CCUCCUGUUAAGGAAUUUGAAACGUUCCCAUAGAUGUUUCUUGGCUCCGAGCGCAGGUCACAACACUCGCUAUAUUGUCUUGUUUGUGUGUUGUUUGGAGAGUGUGCAUUACAGCGGUCGGUUAAAACACCGACACGACUUCUUGCCAUUCAUUCGCAAGACAUCGACGAGUUUGAGGCAGAAUCAAGAGCUGAGAAGCAGCCGGUCUGAACGUGAUGCGAUAACGCUAAAAGUCUUCUAGUCACGAAGCAUGGAACCCCAGGGAACGUCUACAUCCACCGUGCGUGUCCAGAGCAUCGGCGGGCCUCCUGCGGUGGUCGCCCGAAGGAAGGGAACUGGCGAUCCGCCGCCCUCCCCGAUACGGAAGCGGAUCAAAGCUGGCGAGGACAGGCUGAGAGGUUUGGAGGAAACCGGAUUUUUGAGCGAUCCCUCCCCUUCUCUAGACACGGAAAUGGAGGCAGAAGAAAUGCCAAUGGCUGAUGAUGGAGCGCCACCUAGUGACACUCAGAUGAAUGACAUGAGCUCUCUUCAUGAUGUCAUCGAUGGAGGGAGCCCCGCAGACGUGGCCCAGGCUGUCUUCGGCGUCCCCGCCGUCAAGCAAGAGCUGCUGGGAAUGUUCCUGGAGGAGGUUGGGAACGAAAGCUCGCUCCUGUGUUCCGAGGGGAUCCUGUCGGCGAUAAAGCUGCUGACAGGAGGGCAGAACCUGAGGGAGCGGCUUCACGAGUGCGCGCCGAUCCUCCUGAACGUCCUGGACACCGUGUCCGACACCAUGACGGCCUUCACCAAAGCGCAGCCGACAAAGGCAGGGAAACGGGCCCUGGAGGACCUGAAGAGGCAGCUGACCAAGAUGGGGAAAGUCCACGUGGGGACCAAGAUCGUGGAGUCGGCCAAGGAGACGUUCGAGGGGGUGAGCAGUGGCAGCGAGAAGGAGAGUCGCAGUGGCAGCGUUUCCGAUGACAACGCCUCCGAGGCGGAAUCGUCCGGUUCCUCUCCAGAACCAGAGCGACGCGCUCACGCCCCGCUGACCCGAAUGCAGUCUGAACCGGUCAGCCUGAUGCAGUCCAGUUCUCCCGUCGCCAGCGACAGCCCCGGAAGGAAGCGUACCCACACACGCACGCCUUCUGCCCCGAUUCAGAUCCCGUCCGUGUCGGUGGCGAUGCCGGCAGAAGACGUCGACAUGUCGUCCUCCCCGUCUGACGGCUUCAGGGAACGAAGCCUCAGCCUGCCGUCAAACUCUAAGCUCUUCCAGCGGGGCUACAGGCAGGGCCUCUUCGAGGAGCAUCAUUCGAAAUCCAUCAAGACGUCCGUUGACGUGUUCGUUCGCGCCGUGGACGACAUGGAGGGUGCCGUGCUGUUCCCGACGCGUCUUCGGUACAUCUCGGAAGAUCUCGACCUAUCGGAGAGCCUGCCGUCGAUGCUGCGAGAGUGCGAUCUGUACGAGUUGUUUGAGUCGCUGAAGAAGCUGAGGACUGAGCUAGACGAGGGGAGGCUGUCCCUCGCGCAGUACGAAGGCAGCAGCGACCAGAUGAAGUCCAUCGUGGAACUCAUCCACAGGCAGGUGCUGAGUCUGUCCGCCAUCUUGGAGCAGCUGGCAGAAACCGCACGCCUGGUCACCAGACAGUACGAGGAACACUUGUAAACAAACAAACAAGUAAACACGACAUAAAGACUAAGCUUUAACUUCCAACACUUAGAUUACUGAAU